GGGGAACUUGAAACUGUCUGAUUGGGCCAUCCAUGCAAGUUGCACAAAGGAAAAGUCAAGCAGCCUCUUGCAGGCAGGCAAACAGCAACAGUUUUUAGCUCACCGGGACCACUGCAUAAGUUUUAUCACUUAUUCCAUUAUUUACAGCCAAAAUACCGAUGUUACGGAAUAUAAAAAGUAUCUGUAAAUUGCAUUACUUUAUCAGGUUAAAUAGAGGAGAUUUUUUAUUGAUCAGCUCACAAUGAAAAUGGAUUUUCAAACGAGUUAUGCGACUUUUUUCGCACUGAUCAUGCCGUCAUUGAUGGUAUCAGCGCAAGGGGAUAAUGGCAUUGCUUUCCCGGACCACGGAUUUUGCCAGCCUAUUUCAAUCCCACUAUGCACGGACAUCGCCUACAAUCAAACUAUCAUGCCCAAUCUGGUGGGACAUUACAACCAAGAGGACGCAGGACUGGAGGUGCACCAGUUUUACCCCUUGGUAAAGGUACAGUGCUCGCCCGAACUUAAAUUCUUCCUAUGUUCAAUGUAUGCGCCUGUUUGUACAGUUUUGGAAAAGGCCAUUCCACCCUGUCGCUCAAUUUGCGAGAGGGCAAAGCACGGCUGCGAGGCGCUCAUGAAUAAAUUCGGGUUCCAAUGGCCAGAACGCCUCCGGUGCGAGAAUUUCCCCGUGCUUGGAGACGGGCACAUUUGCGUGGGUCAGAAUGAAUCUACUGCCACUGCCCCGCCCGUACACAUGCCAGUCCCUGGAACCCCUGGCGUCCAUGUCUACUCCACUUCAGACAGGCCUUUCCGCUGUCCAUCUGUGCUCAAAGUCCCCACUUAUCUGAAUUAUUCGUUUCUGGGGGAGCUGGAUUGUGGAGCACCAUGUGAACACUACAGGAGCAGUGGAGGCUACAUGUUCUUCAAUGAUAAAGAGAUUUAUUUUGCACGCAUAUGGAUCCUCAUCUGGUCGUCUCUGUGCUGUGCCUCCACCCUAUUCACCGUCACCACCUACCUAGUGGACAUGCAGCGCUUCAAGUACCCGGAGAGGCCCAUCAUCUUCCUUUCUGGCUGCUACACCAUGGUCUCCAUAGCCUAUAUCGCUGGCUACUUUCUGGGGGACAAGGUGGUGUGCAAUGACAGCUUCACCCCAGACGGAUAUAAGACCAUAGUCCAGGGGACCAAGAAGGAAGGCUGCACCAUCCUCUUCAUGAUGCUGUAUUUCUUCAGCAUGGCCAGCUCCAUCUGGUGGGUCAUCCUGUCUCUCACCUGGUUCCUGGCAGCGGGGAUGAAGUGGGGGCAUGAGGCUAUUGAGGCCAACUCCCAGUACUUCCACCUGGCAGCCUGGGCUGUGCCCGCCGUGAAGACCAUCAGCAUCCUGGCCAUGGGGCAGAUCGAGGGGGACGUGCUCAGUGGGGUGUGCUUUGUGGGCCUCAACAGCCUGAACCCCAUACGGGGCUUUGUCCUGGCCCCCCUCUUCAUCUACCUCUUCAUCGGUACCUCCUUCCUUCUGGCCGGCUUCGUGUCCCUGUUCCGCAUCCGCACCAUCAUGAAGCACGACGGCACCAAGACGGAGAAGCUGGAGCGCCUGAUGGUGCGCAUCGGGGUAUUCAGUGUGCUCUACACCGUCCCCGCCACCAUCGUCAUCGCCUGCUUCUUCUACGAGCAGGCCUUCCGCCACCACUGGGAGAGAAGCUGGGUCAGCCGUAACUGUAAAGGCUUAGCCAUCCCCUGCCCCAUGCAGUACACCCCCCGCAUGACCCCCGACUUCACCGUCUACAUGAUCAAGUACCUGAUGACCCUCAUAGUGGGCAUCACCUCCGGGUUCUGGAUCUGGUCUGGCAAGACACUCCAUUCCUGGCGCAAGUUCUAUACCAGACUCUCAAAUCGUAGGCAUGGAGAGACCACUGUCUAGGGAGGGAGGCCAAAACAUGGGACUUGUUUUUGGACAUUCUUUUGGAUGUUUUACAGUGUGUUUUUCUCCCUGCUAUUUGUUUACUCACUGUCAGAGACUCAGUGGUACUUUUAUACAUUGAUCAUCAGAUACUGUCAGUAUUUUUAUGGAACAUUGACAGAAUUUUUAAGAAGUCAAAUAUUGCAUGCCAAAAACAAGCAUUAAGAGUCCGGGGGCGGGGGUCUUGACCAAAGGACAAACUGUUGCUCACCUGAAGAAUGGCCAAUCCUCAGAAUGAACAAACAACAAAGAUGUUCAGUGGAUGCCAUGUGCUGAAGUGCUCUCUCUCUCUCUUCCCCCACUCUCUUCCUACUCCCUUUUUAAGUUAUCAGCCAUAAAAACUCUCCAGUGUGAGUGAGAAUCCAGCUGGGAAUACAGUGAGCGGGGGAAGGAAGGAGGCCUGAAAGGACUGGCUGCCAUUUUAAGACUUUAUUUUCACUCUGUGAACGUGUGAGAUGUAAUUAAAUGCAACUGUAAAUAGGAAUUGUAAAAUAUAAAAUUAUAUAUUUGUAUUUAAAGAACGGACAUGUUUUGUUUUGUCUUCCGACAGCCGUAGUGCCUGGUUAAUUCUAGCACCCCUUCUGAAAGGAGCCGUAGAUAUACACACUGUCUGUCUCUUAGUGCUGUUUUCACUGGCAGUAUGACACACACACAUUUGAAGUUUCUCCUGUCAAACCCAGAUCUGUAAUCAUUUUCCUUCUGAUGUAUCAGAUCAGGGAAGCUGGGUUGUAGUAAAGUCAGUCUUUGGCUGUGCACUUUCCCUACUUAGCCCUUCUCCUUCCUCUCGUCUCCCCCCCACCAAUUAAAUCCCUUGGAGCUGAGCUGAGCAGCAAGAGAAGCUGGGUGGUAGGGGUGAAGAGAAUGCUGUAAGGACACUGUGGUCAUGCCUCCAGGGUGGGAAAGCUAGCCCUAAUUGUCAGUACUACGCUGCAUUACCAAAAAGUAACACCAAAAAGAUCCACUUCUGGAGACUGUUGCUCAAACUGUUCAAAUAAAAAAACAAAGUAUUUUGAAAAACGGAAUCAAAGAAGAAUGUGGUAUUUUAAUGUUGUCACGUGAAAAGUGGUGUGAAUCUGGCAACCACUAAUUAACAAAUGUAUCUCACGUGAUUUGCUGGGGGGGGUUUGGGGAUGGGAAGGUGACGACAAAAUAAAAGCCACAUGAUUUGA